CAUUGCUUGAGAACAUAUCUGUGCCUCUCAGACGGAUACUGGGUAAAAGAAAGAUAAAAACUUGAAGCCAGUUAAAAAUUAACUUUGGUGUGUGAAGACGUGAAGCAUCAGUAACUAUUUUAUUCCUGUACAUCAAGUAUUGAUCUACCAUGUGCACUGGAAAGUGCUCGAAGUGCAUUGGGGUCAUGCUGUUCCCCCUGGCUAUCUGUGCUAUCAUCUCCAACCUUCUCCUAUACUUCCCCAAUGGACAAGUUCUAGAGAGUAACGAGAUAACUGAUUUGGUCUGGUUUUUCCAUGGCAUUCUUGGAGCUGGGAUCUUGGUUAUUUUGCCCGCGUUCAUGAUGCUGGGGGCAGCUGGAGGAUGUUGUGCUAACAGAUGUGGGAUGCUGCUCUCUGUGUUUCUGGCUGUAUUGGGUGUUGCCGGAGGGGCCUACUGUGUGACUAUCUCCUCCAUGGGAUUGAUUGAUGGACCUCUCUGUGACACUGGUGAUGGAGAAUAUAUUUACCCUUUCAGGAACAACACACUCAAAUACAAUUAUUUGUUUAAUCAGACAACAUGGAGCAUUUGCAAAAAACCUGAAAACAUUGUCAUUUGGAAUAUUGUCUUAUUUUCUCUUCUGUUGGGGAUUGGUACAGUUGAAGCUGUCCUUUGUCUUAUUCAAGUCAUCAAUGGAUUUAUUGGGUUCAUUUGUGGCACAUGCAUGAAGAGAAGAAAGAUAGAUAUUGCUGGAAUGUGAAAGACCCGCAAAGAAUGCCAGUGACACGCACCUGA